AAGUUAGAAACGAAACUACUUCCGGUUUAGGCGUCACAUCAAAAAUGGCGCCCUCCAAGGCGAAACAUGCCAGUGGCCAGCCUUGGGUUAUUCCUGGAGGGUUUUCAGUCCUUUCCUUACAGUUCAGCUCCGGCAGCGCUGCUCGUCAUUGUCUGUACGUGAAGGAGCACAAAGUGCGCACAGAGAAGAGUUCUCACAGACCUCUGGACAGGACUUUGUUUCUGCUCAACAUUCCUCCGUACUGUUCAGAGGUUGUUGUGAAAGAAUUAUUCUCCCAGUUUGGCGGCAUUGAAUCGGUUGAGUUGAGGGAUCACCCGGGUUCAUCUCAGGAAUCUGGACCCAAAAUAUCCAAACUCUUCAGACCAGCUGAGAAACAGGGUUUCAAAGUCGGUUACAUCGUCUUCAAGAACUCCUCAAGUUUGCAAGCAGUUAAGUCUUAUCCCUUUGACGCCCCCUUGGUGGUCUCAACUGAGCAGCGUCCGGUGAAAACAGGCGUACAGAAAUGGAUUCAGCAGUAUUCAGAGUCCUUCAUCCAACCAGAAAAACUCCAGCAAAAAGUUGACAACUUUAUGCAGAGCUACGACGAGCGUAAGGAAAAGGAAGCAGAGCAAAAGAAAGAAGAGGCUGAACGGCAACAAGAGGAAGAAGAAGGCUGGGUGAAAGUCACCAGAGGGCACAAGGGCGCUAAAGCUCGUCCUCACAGCGAGGCGGCCAACGAGAAAACUCUACAGAAAGAGAAAAGGAAGAAGAGGAGGAAGGAGCUCCUAAACUUCUACACCUGGCAACACAGAAACACACAGAAAGAGCACAUUGCUGAGCUGAGGAAGAAGUUUGAAGAGGACAAACAGAAAAUAGCUCUACUGAGGGCGCAGAGAAAAUUCAAACCUUACUGACUCUUUAUGACGUCUUGUUUAAACCACACUGUUAAUAAACAAUUGAUCCAUA